ACAGUAAACGUCAGCUGAUUGUCAUCUGUGAUUGUCAUCAACAACUGUUGGAUUUUUUGAUAAUUUCGAGUAGUUUUUAUAAGAAAAACGAAAGCAAAUCAGCUUUUCGAAGCACGAAUAGUCUCUUUUAGAAAGCAAAUUAUAGUCUGCAAAGAAAAUUACAGGUUAAAAGUUUAGUUGACUAUGUAAUGGAUCGACCAGCGCUUCCCGGACAAACGGGCUACCUGAUCUUAAAUUCUGAAGGUGCAGUGCUGGCCAGCGGUGGUGAUUUGGAUAAUGAUGAGAAAACAGCUCAAACGCUCCAAGAACUAAUUGGUCUGGCCAACGACAGAUUAGAUUCAGAAGCUUUUGAGCAAGGAUUUAGGAGACUUACCAUUACGUACGACGACCACGCUUAUAUGGUGUGUUUAAGUAAUAGGAAGGUUUACAUAAUUAAACGCCAAAUCGAGGUAGGAGAAUAAUAAUACAAUAAAGAUUUGUGAAAAAUUAAAAAAUUU